AUGGAUCUCAAAGUAGAAACCGAAGAAAUGGACGCGAAUCAACCUCCACCCUUGGAAGUUUUUGCGCACAGCUCGACCCUCCACGGGAUCUCUCACAUUUUCACGUACGAGCGGUUCUGCAUCAAACGCUGCCUGUGGGUCGUGUUUUUCUUGGGCUCUCUGACCUUCUUGCUGUACGUGUGCGUGGAUCGGAUCCACUUCUACUUCGAGUACCCGCACGUCACCAAGCUGGACGAGGUCACGACCCCGAUCAUGACGUUCCCCGCGGUCACCUUCUGCAACCUGAAUGCGUUCCGCUUCAGCCGGGUGACGCGCAAUGACCUGUACCACGCAGGGGAGCUGUUGGCCCUGCUCAACCAGAGGUAUGAGAUCAGGGACAUACAUCUCGUGGAGGAGAGCGUUCUGGAGAGCCUAAAGGUGAAAGCCGAUUUCCACAAUUUCAAGCCGCGACCCUUCAACAUGAGGGAAUUCUACGACCGCACCGGUCACGACAUCAACGACAUGCUGCUCUCCUGCCACUUCCACGGCACCGAGUGCAGAGCGGAGGACUUCAAAGUGGUCUUCACUCGCUAUGGGAAGUGUUACACCUUUAACGCCGGCGAUGAUGGACGCCCUCCACUCAUCACCACCAAGGGAGGUAUGGGUAAUGGACUCGAGCUCAUGCUGGACAUUCAGCAGGAUGAAUACCUGCCUGUCUGGGGAGAAACAGAUGAGACAUCAUUUGAAGCUGGGGUCAAAGUUCAGAUCCACAGCCAGGACGAGCCGUCCUUUAUUGACCAGCUCGGGUUCGGAGUGGCACCCGGGUUUCAGACGUUUGUCUCCUGCCAGGAACAGAGGCUGAUCUAUCUUCCUCCGCCCUGGGGAGACUGUAAGGUGACGGCCAUGGAUUCAGACUUCUUUGAUAGUUACAGCAUCACGGCCUGUCGCAUCGACUGUGAGACGCGCUACCUGGUGGACAACUGCAACUGUCGCAUGGUGCACAUGCCAGGCGAUGCACCCUACUGCACCCCGGAGCUGUACAAAGAAUGUGCUGACCCAGCUCUUGAUUUCCUUGUGGAGAGAGACAAUGAUUUCUGUGUGUGUGAGACGCCGUGCAACAUGACCAGAUACAGCAAAGAGCUGUCCUUUGUCAAGAUCCCCAGCAAGGCCUCGGCUAAAUAUCUCGCAAAGAAAUACAACAAAUCUGAGCAGUAUAUUAAGGAGAAUAUUCUGGUGUUAGACAUCUUUUUUGAGGCUCUCAACUAUGAAACUAUUGAACAGAAGAAGGCUUAUGAAGUGGCUGGACUAUUAGGUGAUAUCGGUGGUCAGAUGGGGCUUUUUAUUGGGGCGAGCAUACUCACCAUACUGGAGAUAUUUGACUAUCUUUAUGAGGUGAUAAAGUACAAGAUGUGUCGCUGCUCCAAUAAGAAGCACAAGCACAACAACAACAACGACCAGGGAACGGUGCUGAGUUUAGAUGAUGUCAAGUGUCACGUCAGUAACUUCCACUAGGCUCCGGCAGGCGUGAGGGGGAGGGGUUUAUUCGCCGCUGAACUCUCCUGUCUCUGAGCGUAUUCGUGGACUUUGUUCAUUGCAGUUUGUCGGACUGCGGGAGAAACGUAAAUGUUUGAACUCUGCCUGUUUAAGGUUUGUGAGCAACAAAAUACAGCAUGUGGCCGAAGUCAGAGGAAGCCACGGCAAAAGACGGCAGGACAGCAGAAUUCAAAAGUGUCAGAAUAACUGCAUGGUCAUCUGUAAAACAGCUUCUCAAGACAUAGUAACAGAUACAGUAAAUGGGGGCAUCAACUAAGCUACGGUUCAUAUUUUGUUCAGUAAAUCUGCUUUAGAAAUCUCAGCUGUGUUGGUGUGCGUCAUCUGUCAAUCUGAAGAGGGUU